AUGGAUUUUAAUAACCGUUUGAAAAGAGAGAUUAAGAGGGCCGAGGAAUUCGAUACGGCUGGAUUGGGUAUCAUCAGUUAUUACUUGAGAUUAUACAUUGUGGAGGUACUUUUAAAGAGAGAUGAUAGAACUGCUGAACAAACACAUUUAGCGUCCGAUAUUCUAGAUAAGAUUGAGAGUUUCAAACAAUCGAUUAAUGAGUUAUCUGAUGACUCAAGGGAGAAAGAGACGUUAUUCACACUUGUAAAUGAUGACGUAAGAGCAAAAACAUAUGUGACGAAUUUUACAAUGUCAUUAUACAACCAACAACUGGUGAGGGUACAGAAGGGUCCGUGGGAUCGUGACCUUGUGGGUGCCUUGUGGUGUUGUAUUGAUUUGUUAAAUUGUAUCAUGCACCUUUGGUCUAGCGAUGAUGAAAGCCGACAAACUUUAACAAAACGUAUUAAGUUUUGUAAAGUUUAUAUUAGUAGGAUUGUCAAGGGAGAGAUUGGCCCUCCAGAUAAUGCUGAAUCAGAUGAAAAUGAUAAAAAAGAAGAUCAUAUACAGCCGUCGAAUGAAGACACCACUACUACGAAUUUGAAUAUAAUAUCUGGAAAUGAAGAAACGAAUAAUAAUCAGGACACACACACACAAGAUCAUCCAGGUAUUGAAGAUGCUAUAGACGAAUAUAAUGAAAAUAGAGCCGAAAUUAAUGAUUCUACUCACGAAUCUGAUAACGAAGAAGAAGAAGAAAAUGAUACUAUACUUGAUGACGAUCUUCAGAAGGAACUUGCAUCGAUGUCUCUAGAAGAACAUCCUGAGCCAACAUUUAUUGAUUCUGAUUCUGAUUCUGAGAUUCCACAAGGCAAUGAAAUAGUAGAAGACUCAGAAACGAAACAUACAACACAAGAAUUGAAUGGGAUGAUGGACCGUUCUGAAAAGAUUGAACAAGCACAAAAAUGUGCGAAAUAUGCAAUUAGUGCAUUAAAUUACGAGGAUAUAGGUACAGCUAAAGAUGAGUUCACGAAAGCUAUGAAACUAUUGGAUUCGUUAUCUUAA